AUGGCGCAGGGAGAACCGAUCAAAAGAGCACACCUGAAAAUACGAGGACCUGAUAUUCCGUUCCCUAUGGCUAUGCCAACGCAUUGGUGUGGAAAAGAUGCAUUGAGGAAUUAUUAUCCUGCGGGGGGAUUCAAGGAGGAGGAUAUUCGUAAUACGACUUGUGAUGUUUUUAUUUCAGUGAGGGAUUUGAGACAUCUGAUGUCUGCUACGUGGAGCUUUUUGGGGGCGAGAGAUGAUGGGUGGGAUCCGGAGGAUGAGGAGGAGAAGUUAGAUAGAGCGGUUUAUGUUUUGGUGGAGAUGUAG